UGCAGCAGUAGUGAGUGGCAGUGUCUGAGUGGGCAGUGCAUCGACAAGACGGGCCGCUGUGACCUCGAAUUUCAAUGCUUCGACAAGACUGAUGAAAUUGCGUGUGAGGAGGAGGCGUGCCGGCCCGGCUCUGUGAGGUGCCAUAGUGGACAGUGUGUUGCCGCCUCUCUCUGGUGUGACUGGCAUCCUGAUUGUCCUGAUGCUUCUGAUGAGCGCUUCUGUGGUCAGCCCCGGGAAUGCAGCCGGGAGGAGUUCCGGUGUAGCAGCGGCCAGUGUGUCCCAGCAGAGUACGCCUGUGAUGCUGGUCUGGCCAGGAGGCUGGGCUGUGCUGAUCUCUCUCAUCUCCUCAACUGUUCUGAUCACAUGUGCCGGGCGGGGCAGCUGCGAUGUGGCUCUGGACCUUGUCUGUCCGUAGACAGAGCUUGUGACGGGUAUAUCGACUGUCCACUCACCUGGGAUGACGAGGACAACUGCCCCUUCGCCUGCGCGGCGUCGACCCCGAGCUGUGAGUGUCGCGAUAUUACCAUCAGCUGUGAGCGCCGAGGGCUCACUCUCCUCCCUCAGGAUAUUGAGCUCCAGAUCUCUCGCUUCCGGCUGUCCGGCAACUUCUUCAACCACACCUUGACGCCCGCGUCCUUCACUCGAUACCCUCACGUCGUCUUCCUGGACCUGAGCAACAACAGCCUGACCAGCCUCCCCGCCGGGAUGUUCCUCAGCCUGUCCCGCCUCCGUAUCCUCGACCUCAGGGACAACCUUCUCUCAGCGCUCCGGAACUCCACCUUCCUGGGCCUGGCCAGCCUCAGGACGCUUCACCUAACGGGCAACAAGCUGGUCGCUAUAGAAGGGUGGUCGCUCUAUGGUCUCUCCUCCCUCUCAGCACUGUAAGUAUCACACUAACUACCGCUGCUCCUCUAACUAUCGCUGCUCCUCUAACUACCGCUGCUCCUCUAACUACCUCUCCAUCAAUGAUAACAAUUG